AUAUGAAAUUAAAGUUAAAAUCUUAAUUUGUUACACAUUUAGAAGUAAACCCACGAACACAAGAUUUAAUUUUAAUUUUAACAAUAAAAUUUUAAUAUUACCUUAAGACGGCGAUCGUUGUCGGGUGUAUAGUUAGCUGCAAAAAAGUGUAUACACUAUACUAAUGUGUAGACCUUAAAAAUGUUUGUUUUCAAAAAUGUGUAAGCACAUGUCCCGCCGUUUAUUCCGCUCUUGAAAUAAUGCCUCUAACCAAUACGUGAAUACGUAUUUUUGAGACAAGGUUUAAACGCAUUUCUAAAGUUUUGUAAAAGUUUACAUAUUUUAGGAACUGACUGUACACUGAGGGUGGAGUUAAACCUUGGGAUGUGCACUAUCUCCGGAUCUUUUACACCUAUGAUACCUAGAAUGAGUUUUGUACAGCGUUUUACAUGAAAACGCUUCUGGUUUGAAUGGCAUUGUAUCAUAGCUAGGAAUUAUGGGAUAAAUUGCUGUUGUAAAAUAUUAGUUUCACAAUAGAUUUAAAAAAUAACGACUUUCUUAUGUGUUUACAAAACAAACAUUGUACAGUGAAGGCAAUAUUGGCGUAGUGUUUAACAUUGAUGUUAGAUGACGCUGUUUCAAAAUAGAUUUAUAAUAGUUUCGCUUUUCACCGCCAGAUGGUUUUGAGAAGUUUCAAGUUCGAACACUCAAACGUCGAAAAAGUGUCAAAUCGGCCUUUUUCAUUGUUUUUCAUAAUUUCGCCUUCGAUAUUGUAAAAGAUGUGUAAUAAAUAGGAUAAUCUAGUUCUUCGCAGUUUUUUAUUAAUUACUUAGAAGAUAUUAUUUGCAGUAAAGUCGAUUCUACAAUGAACGAUUCCAAAAUGUUCGAAAUCGACCCUAAACUGUUCAUAACUUGUAGACUCUGUUUAGAAAAUACGGGGGCAUACCGAAUAAUGCCUGCCGUCCAAAAGCAGAUCAAGUUCUGUUAUGAAAUUGAGAUUGAUCCUUAUGAUGCACUGCCCCAGUUAAUUUGUAAGGAUUGUGAGUCAACAUUAAGAACAUAUUUUGAAGUGAAAACUAAUUAUAUAGAAAAACAAAAAAAAAUUAGAGAAAAGUUACAACUUAAAACGGAGACAACAUACAGUCCAGCAAUACAGCGGGAUGAUGAUGUUGUAACUUCCUCUCAAGAAAUAUCCAGUGAGGGAAAUAAUGUGUUACGAAAGAGAAUUAUUAGCAAUUGUAGUUCUUUGUCGGAAACAUCAGAUGGAAAAUGUUAUAUAAAAUCAAAGAAAAAAAGAAAAAACAGUUGUCAGUCCACAAAGGAGCCAGAUAUUUUCGAACUGGGCUAUAAAAAGUGGUUUAUAUGUAGAUUUUGUAACUAUCAGAGUAGGAAUAAAUCCAAAAUUAUGAAACACAUGAAUACACAUUCAUCAAUGAUACAGAAGUACACAGAUUUGAUUAAACACGACUGUUAUGUCAAAUUGGAUAAAUUGGAUAAUAAAUCAAAUAUUUGUAAAUCUAAAAAGUAUGUUGUACAUAGUUCUGAUAAAAUAACUCAUUUCAUGCACAACUUUUAUCAUGUUAUUAUUAGGCCAAAAGAGACCUCAAACAACAUAUCUGACGGAGGAUCGGUAGGAUCAUUGCUCGAACUAAACUAUAAUUAUAUAUCUGAUGAUAGUAACGAUACAAUUCCAAUAGGAUUAAAAAAUAGACGAAGAAAAAAUAGAAUACUUUCAAAUGACACUGUUGUUAUUGAAAAAGACGAUUUAGAUUCCUCUAUGUUAAAUAGUCCAUUAACGCACGAAGCACCUGCAAAGCCUAAUGUUACCGAGAUGAAUGAGAAAGAAUGCAUAAGCAUAGAUGACUCCGACAGUGAGUCGAUCAAAAGCGGCGAAGCUCUAACAAACGGUGGUACAAAUUUAAGCUCAUCGGUAAAUAAUAGCGAGUACAAAACUAUAAAUAACAUAAUAUCCCUGUGUUAUAAGAAACAUUUAAAAAGACUAGAAUCAGACGAUACUAUUGACGCUAACAUGCCUUGUCUGACUGAAACACAAGCGACUAAAUUAGAUUCUCAUAUUAAACACAAAGUUCUAAGUAUAGGCAAGAAGAUGAUAAAUAACUCUCCAUUUAGUUGUACUGGUAUUUUAAGGUAUUUAGAACAUCAAAAUCUUGAAAUUGUGUGGACUCCUAAUAUACCGAAAACAUCAAAUAAGAAAACCGAUUGCGUUAGAAUCAUGAUGAAAUUAAAGAGUCAUGAUGAGAAUGAUGGUGAGUCUGGAUGGACAGUUUUACAGAAUCCAAACCAGGUCGAUAGAAUUGAGGAUGCCGAUAGUACAGGGGGAGGGGCAGUAUUAAGUGCGAUUAAUAUUGGACAGGAAAAAGAUAAAAUUUUAAGAAAACUUCUAAAUGAGAAUCCUGUACCGAACCCAAAAAAAUUAACAAAAAAACCACAGGGUGCUAAUUCGUCUGUCAGUAAAAAGAAGAAAAUUAAAAACAAAGAAGAUAAAUCGGUUCCGGUUGAUAUGCCAAUUAUUGAAACAGACGAUAAUGUGGUAACACCACUAAUCACAUCUACUGUAUCUUUAGCACCGUCAGGAGAAGGCGUAAAGCAACAACCCGCGUUUCCCGUAUCGGUUACACCGAUUGCAGGGCCGAGUAAAAUACAAUCUAACUUAUCCGAUACGGCAAUCCCUGAACAGACGAACUUUCCGAGAAUAAAAGUAAAAUCGGCAUCACAGUUGAUGUCGAACCCGGCUUUGAAUGUUAUGACCAACCAAUACAUUCCACAGCCGCAAAUGUUUGCUCAAAUUCAGAAUGUUAAUAUGGCAUAUCAAAAUACCAAUGGCAUCAAUAUGAACAUAGCACCGCUACCUAGAUUCGAUAAUGCGAUUGGUUUUCCAACCAAUGCUUACCCACAGACUUUAUUAGAAACAAAUCCUGGUACUAGUAUGCCGAUGUCGUACGAAAAUAAUUCUGUAGCGAAAGUUGUAAUGAAUUCAAUAGAUCUUCCUAAUACAACAACGACAAGUCCCUUCAAGUAUUUAAAAAGAUUGUUGCAAAUUCAUAACAUUUAUUUAUUAAGCCCGGAAGAAAUAGGGCUAGAGAGCAUCAGGGAUUAUAUUUGUCUAUUAAAGUUUAAGUUAGUUUUUCAACAAGAGAGUGCGUCGCCUGUUGCGCUUUGUUUAGCUCUGUACAACUUGAAAGACAGAUUCUUUAUUAAAGUGAAAGGUGUUAAUGAUGCAGAGAUUGACAUAUGUAAAUUAUCUCCCAAUUGGCAAUGGGAGAUUCUCAAAGUGUACUCAGGUGAGGUGGUCUCCAAGAUGCUCGAAAAUGCGGAAAAAGUCAGUCCGGAAGUUCUGAUGAUCACGAGGAAUUUUGUUUGCUAUUUACAAAGUAUUGAGUUUCGAAAAUAUGUUUAAAACAUAAUAACGUAGAUGUGUUUAAGUUUCUUUAAUUUUAUAUUCGUUAUUAUUGUGUAAUAGUGCCAAUCAUAUCCUCUAUAUAUAUAUACAUAUAAUAAAAUUGGAGUGUCUGUACGUAAUAUGAAAAAAAAUCAGAGUUCGUGAAGAUAAUGUAUUUGCGUUGGUGAUAAAAAUCGCAUUUAAAAAAAUAUUUGUCUGUCUGUCUAUCCGCAAGCAUCGUUUGUUCCGGAUAAUCUCUGAAACGGCUGGGCCGAUUUUGACUGGAUUUUCACUGGAGCGUAGUUGAUAUGGAUGGAUAUUUUUUAAGUCACAUUUUUUUAAUACCGCCCUGUCAAUAUGGCGGUGUAUUCUUC